AUGGUAACGACGCCCGGCCCGAAGAUGGCGGCCGGGUGCAGGGGAGCCGCGGGUGACGCGUGUCCAGGCCCGGGCCGGAGCCGGUGGCGCCGCAGCGGGCCUCUGUGGGUCCGAGGCGUCUUACUGCUGUUAGGCGGGCUCCCGACGAGCGUCACAGCUCUUCCUGUCUCCUUGGGCAGUGCCCCUCCUUGCCGGCACCACGUCCCCUCUGACACUGAGGUUAUAAAUAAGGUUCAUCUUAAGGCAAAUCAUGUUGUGAAGAGGGAUGUUGCUGAGCAUUUAAGAAUCAAAACUGUGUAUGAUAAAAGUAUUGAAGAGUUGCUUCCUGAGAAAAGAUAUCUUGUAAAGAACAAACUUUUCCCACAAGCUAUUUCUUACCUAGAGAAGACUUUCCAGGUCCGUCGACCUGCUGGCACUAUCUUACUUAGCAGACAAUGUGCAACAAACCAGUACCUACGGAAGGAAAAUGACCCUCAUAGGUACUGUACUGGAGAGUGUGCCGCACACACCAAAUGUGGUCCAGUCAUAGUGCCUGAGGAGCAUCUCCAGAGAUGCAGGAUCUGCCGUGGGGGUAAGUGUUCCUAUGAAGCAGUGGGUGUGCUGGACCAGGAGGGCAUCAAGGAUGCAGACUUUGUUCUUUAUGUUGGUGCUCUGGCCACUGAGAGGUGCAGCCAUGAGAACAUCAUCUCCUAUGCGGCCUAUUGUCAACAGGAAGCAAAAAUGGACAGGCCAAUAGCAGGAUAUGCUAACCUGUGUCCAAAUAUGAUCUCUACCCAGCCUCAGGAGUUUGUUGGGAUGCUGUCCACGGUGAAACAUGAGAUUAUUCAUGCCCUGGGUUUCUCUGCCGGGCUGUUUGCAUUCUACCAUGAUAAAGAUGGAAAUCCUCUAACUUCAAGGUUUGCAGAUGGUCUCCCACCUUUUAAUUACAGUCUUGGAUUGUAUCAAUGGAGUGAUAAAGUAGUUCGGAAAGUGGAGAGAUUAUGGGAUGUUCGAGAUAAUAAGAUGGUUCGUCACACUGUGUAUCUCCUAGUAACACCUCGUGUUGUUGAUGAAGCACGAAAGCAUUUUAACUGUCCAGUUCUGGAGGGAAUGGAACUUGAAAAUCAGGGUGGUAUGGGCACUGAACUCAACCACUGGGAAAAGCGGUUGUUAGAGAAUGAAGCAAUGACUGGUUCUCACACCCAGAACAGAGUCCUCUCUCGAAUCACUCUGGCGUUAAUGGAGGACACUGGCUGGUAUACAGCGAAUUACAGCAUGGCUGAGAAGUUAGACUGGGGCCGAGGAAAGGGCUGUGACUUUGUUAAGAAGAGCUGUAAAUUCUGGAUUGAUCGGCAGAGACAAGAGAGACAGACGCUGAGCCCCUACUGUGACACACUCAGAAGUAAUCCGUUGCAGUUAACUUGCAGACAGGACCUGAGAGCAGUUGCUGUGUGUAAUUUGCAAAAGUUUCCUAAACCUUUACCACAAGAGUACCAGUACUUCGAUGAACUCAGUGGAAUUCCUGCAGAAGAGCUGCCUUAUUACGGUGGUUCAGUAGAAAUUGCUGACUACUGUCCUUUCAGUCAGGAAUUCAGUUGGCAUUUAAGUGGUGAAUAUCAGCGCAGCUCAGACUGUAGAAUUUUGGAAAAUCAACCAGAAAUUUUUAAAAAUUAUGGUGCUGAAAAGUAUGGACCUCAUUCAGUCUGUCUAAUUCAAAAGUCAGCAUUUGUCAUGGAAAAGUGUGAGAGGAAGCUGAGCUACCCAGACUGGGGGAGUGGAUGCUACCAGGUUUCUUGUUCUCCUCAAGGUCUGAAGGUUUGGGUCCAAGAUACUUCAUAUUUGUGUAGUCGGGCCAGACAGGUGCUCCCUGUCAGUAUUCAGAUGAAUGGCUGGAUUCACAAUGGAAACCUGCUGUGCCCAUCCUGCUGGGACUUCUGUGAGCUCUGUCCUCCGGAAACAGAUCCUCCAGCUGCUAACCUGACCCGGGCUCUCCCACUGGAUCUCUGUUCGCGUUCCUCCAGCCUGGUGGUCACCCUCUGGCUUCUGCUCGCCAAUCUGUUUCCUCUGCUAGCUGGAUUUCUGCUGUGUGUGUGGCACUAGGAGCAGAGUGAAUUCUCAAGGUCGUUCUCUAUGUCCUGUUCCUGUGGAACAAAGCACAAGAUCUGCGUGCGUGCCAGCCUGUGCAGAGCCAGAAGUGGCGUUGCUGACCUCGACUUGGAGGUGUUGACCCCGUGGGAGCUGGAGGCAGAGCUUCACGGCAGCCACUUCUCCGCAGCAGCCCGGCGCCCUGGAGCUCAGGGAAGGAGAAGGUUCCCAGCCACAGGUCUGGACUUUUCAGGAUGCUUCAUCUUCCUGAAAUUCCCCUUCCAAAGUGGGAUGGUUGGUGGGACUUUCAGAGUGAUCACAUACCUCAGCAUUUCCACUUAAGUAAAACAAUGGGAAGGUUCAUCACCAACACUGCAGCAGCUGAAACAGCAGCUGACCAGUGUGAGGUUCCAAGUUGUGGAUCCUGUCCUCAGAAGUGUGAACUGCCCUUCGAUUUAUGGAAACGAAUUGGAUUGGGAUUUCUACGUCACUGUAUACACCAAUUUUAAAUGUAAUGGCUGUACACGGUACACGUAAGUCAUUGGCCUUUUAGUGUUGGAAGUGUUGUAAGUGAUGUUUUGCUAAAUCUCAUGAUUUACCGUGCUUGCCUUUUUUGCUGAGCGGCAGGUCCGCUGCUGAACUCCUGUCAGUGCUGCUGUUGGCCCUGUGCUCAGCCACCUUCAAGGCUCAGCCUCCGUUGCAUUCUCCAUGAGUUUCCUCAUGACUUGGAAAACAGUGAAAGCAGAGCGAGUAUAUGUGUUAAAGACAUGCAAGCAGGAGAAAACAUAACUAUUGUGUUUUUUAUAUAAUAGUUAGGGCAGCUGUAAUCCCACAAAAACAGAACUAUUCUUGUUUGACCAAUGAUGAUACAGAGAAAAUUCUGGUAUGGACAGGUAUGCAGUUAGUUUCAAGUGAGCUAAGAAAGUGUUAUGAAAGAAUUUUUAAUAUCUCGAAGUUAUUUUAUGUAAAAGAAGAUAGAUAUAAGUCAAAACAGCAUGGUCUGAGUUAACUAUUAGCAGAUACAGCUUUGAGGUAGGCUUCUCCUUAGGGCCCACUUCACACAGCAUGCAAGCUUCGCAGGCCCACAGAAGUUGGAAGGUCGUCUUUGCUUUAAAUGUCCUUUACCUCCUGUGUUUGACACUCCUCGCUGCCACACGGGUUCUCUGAAUCAGGUCUACUCUGUGGUCAGAGCUUAGCAGCUCUAUCUAGUAAAGUCUGUUUGAAGUUCUUUUUUAAACUUUGAGAGACGGAAAGACAAAUGAAGCUGUCAUCCCAUGAUGCAGGCAUCCCAACCAGUGCCCUAACUGCCAGGCCAAACACCUACCCUUUGAACUCUUUUAACGAUACGUGAAGCCCCAGUUUUCUCUCUUAAGCUGGUGAAGUCCUGUGGCAGUCAAAGAACAAUGCUUAGACAAGCUUCUGCUCCCCCCGCCGCCUCCUGUCUUCCGUUCAGCAUGGAGCGACGGAAUCCUGCACCUGAGAAAUGGCGUUAACUGAACAAAGCAGCACAAUCACGAAGCAGUAGUUCCGCCUGGCCCUUUGGCAGGGGAGCCAAACAGCAGCCCAACAUAAAGGAAGGUCACUUUAAAAAUGCAGAAGGUUCACACACGUACUUGCACGCAGCUUUAAAUGGCAGGGAUCCCAUCCUGCGAAGCCGGGCGUCUCAGACACAGCUUUAGCUCCAGAGAAGCUGAUCGGAGCGGUCUGCAGGCUGGUAGCGCUCAGUUCUGCUUAUGUCGCACAUCCUUGAAAUUGUGCAAGGUCAGAGACAAGUGAGGGGUGUAUUUUUAAAGGAACUUUAACCAUCUAGACUUAUGUACUUACUACGGUUGUGAACCAUCCUACCAAGUUAUACAAAGAGUUUCACCAAAAAUACAGUGGAUUAAUAAUAUAUUUGAGAUUCCCAGCGAUAGGUUCAACUAUAUUUUGACUGUUGUGCAGUAUUGCCAUUUAGAUAAUAUUGUUUCUGAGCAUGGUGCUUUUUAUACUUGAAAUCUAUUUUUGCUUUAUUUUUAUUGAUAUAUUUGCACUAAUGACUUUCUGGAGAAAAUAUUCUAGAUGACCUUUUUUGUAUAUGUAUUUAUUAAGCUUGGAACUCGGUAGCCCAGUAUUUUGUCUGCACAAACAUGAAACUUGAUGAAGUGUGACGUCAGGAAACCCUGAGUUCCUGAGGGACCCCCCCCCCCCCGCCCAGCGAGCUCGCGCUGACUCUGCAUGGUGUGCUCAGGACGACCGAGAAGGACACUGGAUUUUAAGAGGCACGUUUGUAGUCACAUGAAAUAUGACAGUGGAGCAAAGACUUAAAAUCUGAGAUCGCAGGGCAGAAUGGUAGAACUCAGCUGCAAACUGCAGAAUUUUCAACGACUGAAACGUUGGUAUCCCGUGACAGGUUAAGCCGCUUUAUGUUAGCAAAGACAAACGCAGUUCCCUGUGGAAGCGAGAGAGAGCAGGCUGCAGCGGAGAUGGGGCAGGGCCGGAGAACGGGCGCUGCUGCACUGGGACCAGCGACUGGAGUCCCGUCCUGACUUAGCAAGCGCCAAGUGCAUAUGAAAACUGACUACCUCGAUUUUCCGUUCAGAGUUAGGUUCAUUUUGCUCCUUUCAAGAUCCCAAUUGUCAAAAAUAUCAAAUGAGGUUUUCUCAGGUUUUCAAGAACGGAACUUAGAGAAGGAAGUAAAAGCCAUGUCAGUAGCCUUGUGCUGACAGCUUUAAAGAAACUGGCAAGCAGUUGGGUCGUCCUAAUCGAGAUCCCACUGAUAAUCUCCUGGAAACAUCCUAUGUUUAAGAAAUAACCUCAAAUCAGUACCCUUGACAUUUCCCUGUAGGACACUUGUUUUUGUUAAGAUCAGAUAGACAUUCUAGAAAUGUGAUAAAUUAUGCCUAAAAUUAGUCUUCAGCUUAGAUUGGCUUAGAAUUUAUUGAUAUUUGAAGUUGAACACAAUUUUAUGAGGUAUAAAUAGUUUUAGGAAGAUACAUACGUAAGGACACCAGAGCAUUCCAAGAAAUGUUAGCAGUCCUCCCUUCAGUGAUGGGAGACUUGGCGAUCGAGGCCCUCUGUGAAAUGACAGGCUGGCCUCUCAGAAUCCUUCCAGCUCGGCAUCCUGUGGCGAGUCCUCGUGCCGGGCUGCCCCGCACUGCUGGCUCUGAGCCGCCUCCCGGAGUGUGCCGGCGUGCGUGUUGUGUUCGCUGCAGUGUCUUGUGCACUGUGCCUGCCAGCGUCCAUGUCCUGGGGCCCUGCAUGAACAGAGAGCCCGGGACCGCUCAAUGGUCCCAGCAGGUGGAGAGGGGCCUGGUCACCAUUUCACAGUGGGCACAGCCAUUCCUGCCUUGACCUGCAGCCCAGGAGGAAUAACGUGUUUUUGAAAGUCUGUGCUGUCAUUCUAAAAAAAAAAAAACUGGCUUGAAAGGAAGAUUGUUUUUGUUUUUGUUUUGUACUUUGUGUCAGGGUUGGGGAAGGAGUGGUGGAUUGUUUUCUUUUAUGUUUACAUUUUUAAUAAGUAAAGUAGAAGAUUUAAGAAUCUUUAUUUAUGAUAUUGAACUUCAAGUGUAAUAUAUUCCUUAGAAAAACACAGUUUUAAUAA